AUGGACCAGCUAGAGGGCGACGAUGUGUCGCCGCAUUACUCGACAGGUGCCUCGGAUUGUCCUCCGAUGUACCACUAUCAGUUUCGCGUAAUUCUGAUCGGCGAUUCGACUGUUGGCAAAUCCAGCCUGCUGAAGUAUUUCACGGAAGGCAGAUGUGCCGAAAUAUGCGAUCCAACGGUCGGCGUGGAUUUCUACGCGCGGAUGAUGGAAAUCAGACCGGGGUACCGGAUCAAACUGCAGCUCUGGGAUACAGCGGGGCAGGAGAAGUUCAGGUCGAUAACACGGUCCUAUUAUCGCAACUCAGUGGGAGUGAUGAUUGUCUACGAUAUCACCAAUCGAGCUUCGUUCGAACACGUAACGCAGUGGCUGGACGAAGCUCUUGAGAAUGUUGGCGGCCCAUGCCCCGAUCGAUGUGUUUUCCAACUUGUCGGGCAUAAAGCUGACCUUGAUGCAGAUCGUCAGGUGCUUUAUGAAGAGGGCGAAUACUUUGCGAAAUACCAAGGGAUCAAGUUCGUUGAAACUUCGGCUGUCACAGGUGAAAACGUUCAGGUCGGUAAACUUUCCAGGCAUAUGAAAUAUAAAAAUAAUCACAUUCUAGAUACGCUAAUUACUGUAUGGUAA